GUCAAAACAGCAAUUUUCUCGCCGAGAUGGCAUCGGAGAUGGAGAUGGAGAUGGAGAUGGAGAUGGGGGUGGAGCGGCGGGCGUACGCGCGGGUGGGGCUCCUGGGCAACCCAAGCGACGUGUAUGGCGGCAGGGCGCUCUCCUUCACCAUCGCCGACUUCUUUGCCACCGUCCGCCUCCGCCCCUCGCCGGACCUCCUCAUCCAGCCCCACCCGCAUCACGACCUCGUCGCCUUCCCCUCACUCCCGCAACUCGUGAGUCGUUUGCAAAGUGAAGGAUAUUAUGGAGGCGUUCGGCUGCUGAUGGCUACCUGUAAAGUUUUCUACAAUCACUGUAUUCAAAACAAUAUCAGUCUAAAAGCUGAAAAUUUCACCUUGUCAUACGAUACUAAUAUUCCUCGGCAGGCUGGGCUAUCUGGUUCGAGCGCAAUUGUUUGUGCUGCUCUCAGCUGCCUUCUUGACUUCUAUGAUGUCAGGCAUCUAAUAAAAGUUGAAAUCAGACCUAAUCUGAUUCUUGAGGCUGAAAAAGAGCUUGGAAUUGUUGCUGGACUUCAGGAUCGCGUGGCACAGGUUUAUGGGGGACUAGUUUAUAUGGAUUUUAGCAAAGAGCAUAUGGACAAGCUGGGUCAUGGCAUAUACACACCCUUAGAUGUCAAUCUACUUCCUCCUCUAUAUCUCAUCUAUGCAGAGAACCCCAGCGACUCUGGCAAGGUCCACAGCACUGUUAGGCUAAGAUGGCUUGAUGGUGACGAGUUUAUAAUAUCAUCCAUGAAGGAGGUAGCGCAGCUAGCUCUCAAUGGCCACAAGGCUUUGCUGCAGGAGGAUUAUGCUGAGCUUGCGAGGCUUAUGAAUAGGAACUUUGAUCUGCGAAGGCAAAUGUUUGGGGACGAUGUACUUGGGUUAGUGAACAUAAAGAUGGUGGAGGUGGCACGGAGCGUGGGCGCUUCAUCCAAGUUCACGGGCAGUGGGGGUGCGGUGGUUGUGCUUUGCCCAGAUGGGGAGGCGCAGGUGGAGCUUCUCCACAAGGCAUGCCAGGAGGCUGGCUUUGUGUUACAGCAGAUCGGAGUUACCCCCUCGGUGCUGACGGAAGAGGAGUUGGCGAGCUUAUUAACUAGUGGAUCAGUGAACUGAAUGAAUGGAGCAACUGCUUUUUGUGUUUGGAAAUAAAGAAUGCAAGUUGGUUC